AUGUUAUUUGAUGUAGGGAAGAAGCCUGAGACCAUCUCCAGGCGAAGACGAAAACUGUAUGAUUUGGUGAAGAGAUUCGAAGUCGCAGCGAAAGGUGGUGAUCCGUAUAGUUUCGAGAUUCCCGUACCGGAAAUAGUGCUAACAUCCAAUGAUUACAAAGAAGCGGAAGAGCGGUUACAGAAGAUGAAUGAAGAAGUUGCACUAGAGAGAAAACGUAUGAAGCUGGAGAAAAAAAGGAUGCAGUCGGAGUCUCAAAAUGUUGCUAAUGACGACGGUGAAAACGUGACUGCCAAGAUCAGGCCGAAGAAAAGCGCUGUGAAAAGAAAAGUGUUGAAAAGAAAUUUGGGCCGAAAACACGCAGGAGUUGCAAAGAGGACAGCGAAUCGUAAAGCUAAAUUAUUGACAUAA